CGCCGUCACAAGCGAGGAAACAGGCAGCCGAGAUCAUGAGAGCACAUGAUCCAUUGAUCAACAAUAAAAGGGACUGCUCAGCAGGUUCUUACUCGAGUAAUACAUACCAAAAUGCCGGGUGCUACAAUCCCUCCCUUCCCUGACGACAUCCCAACUCUCCCGCUCCUCCUCAUCGAAUGGAACAAACUCCUCCUUCCCCACGGGGACCACACCGGCGACGACGAAAGAUCCCGUCUGUACCAAGCCUGUCAUGACCUAGGCUUUUUUUACCUCAAGGGAUUACCAGUCGAUCCAGACCCUAUGUUCGAUCUGGCGGAUCAGUUCUUCGCAUGUUCGCAGGAGGAGAAGGAUCGGUAUGAGAUGGGGACUGAUGGGAAUUAUUUUGGUUAUAAGAAGUCUGGGGCGUAUUUUGUUGAUAAGCAAGGUUCGCCGGAUCGUACAGAGUUCCUCAACAUUUCCAAAGACAAUAUCUUCUGCUCGGGGUCUGUUUCGCGUGAGGAACCACGAGCUGUGGAAGGGCAUCGCCGAUCCGUGAAGACGUUUAUGGAAGGGUGUCAUUCAGUUGCACGCGAGGUCCUUAAGGUGUUGAGUCAGCAGUUGCAGCUGAAAGAGAACUACCUGCUGGAUCUACACAAGUUUGAUGAAGCUAGUGGGGAUCAGGUAAGGCUCACGCAUUCGUUGGCUCCAGUGGAUGAUGACGCCUCUUCUGCACCGAAUGUCGGAGCGCACACUGACUUUGGAUCCGUAACUGUCCUCUUCAACCGCCUCGGUGGUCUCCAAGUUCUCACGCCAAAAGCAGGUGAAUGGAAAUAUGUGAAACCACUUCCCGGCCACGCCAUCAUCAACCUAGGCGAUGCCCUAGUCAAAAUGACAGGAAACCUCCUCCGGUCCAACAUCCACCGCGUCGUCCCCCCACCCGGCCCCCAACGCUCCUCCAACCGCGAAUCUAUCGUUUAUUUCUGCCGUCCCAAUAAUCACAUUCGACUCGCUCCCAUUCCCUCUCCGCUGGUAGCUACAGAACCAAGGGAUACGAAGAGGGUGGAUGAGUAUCCGACGAGUGAGGAGUGGAUUAAGGAGAGGGUUACGAGUAGGUUGCAGAAGAGUUAUAAGGGUGAGGAGUCGUAUGAGAUGACGAAGGGGACUUCAACAGAUUUCAAGUGGUGAG